ACGGCUCUCCGACACAUAUCCAGCAGCCAGUCGAGUUGGUGCACCGGGUGGUCGCAUCUCGGAUUGUCCUGCGUUUCACUUCAUCUGGUUUAUAACGAACCAAAGGAUAUUUACAAAGUCAAAAACAGGAGGACGACAGCGAGCUACAGAGGUAACAUUCAGACAGAGCCUGUUUGUCAACUUGUCAUCGUGGUACAGACAUGACCGAGGUGGCGCAGGUUGCGGCUGUGGUCGCCCACGACAUGGAUGAUGUCACAAAUGAAAGUGAACUCAACAUGAGCGAUGCAGAAAACCAGGAAGAUGACGCAGUGGUUGAUCAAGACGAGGAGACAUCGUACAUAGAUGAUGCGGAUGAUGAAGCAAGUAAUAAGACUGACAAGACACACAAAGAAAACACAGCUGAUGAUAAAAAGAAAAGCCCAGAGGCCGUUAAUGGUGUAGCCAAGAACACAGAGACGAAGGAGGAUGCAAAAGAUGACGCAGAUGAAGACCAUAAUAUUUCGGAUGUGGCGCUUAAGAAAGAGAGACUCCUCCGAUCCAGAAAGCAGGUGGCCAGGAGCUACGUGCCGAAGCAGAGCAAAGAAAAGGGAGAUGUGACGAGCAAGUUUGAGGCCAUGCAGAAGGCCAGAGAGGAGCGCAGCAGGCAGAGGAACCAGGAGGAGCAGCAGAAGAGGAAGGAGCAAUACGUCAAGGAGAGAGAGUGGAACCGCAGGAAGCAGCAGAUAAAAGAACUACUCGCCUCCAGUGAUGAGGAAGAAGAGGUGAAGCCAGCAAAGGUUGAAAAAUCCUAUGUCCCCAAAAUCACAGGUAGUGUGAAGGGGAAGUUUGCAGAAAUGGAAAAACAAAGGCAAGAGGAAGAAAGGAAGAGGAUGGAAGGGGAGAGGAAGAAGAGGGAAGCCCAGGACAAUCUGGAAAAGGCUAAAAUAAAGAAAGAGCUGGCUCAGAAAGCAGCUGAGGAGGGAGAUGACACAAUCCUGGUACGAGUAGUUCCAGCAAAGUCAUCACGACCUCCAGGUAGAAUCAAAAUGAACUUUGAAGACAUGGAGAAGAAUCGAGAGGAGGAAAUACUGAAGAAGGCAGAGGAAGAGAAGAAGAGACGGUACGAUGAAAACAGACGCUCCUUCAGGGAUGCCAAGCGACGCUCCGUUGUCCAACAGGAUGAAGAAGAGAAGCCUUCGGACAAGGCGCAGAUGACUCCUGGAAAGCUGAAUGUGACAUUUGAGGAGCUGGAGAAGGAGAGGCAGGAGCAGAGGAGGAAGCAGGCUGAGGAGGAAGCCAAGCGCCGUCUGCUAGAUGAGAAGAAAGCUUUCGAGGAGGCACGGUUGGAAAUGGGAGAAGACGAGGAGGACGGUCAGCCAGCUCAGGAUGACAAGGAGGAGGCCCGACCUGGAAAACUGAGGCUGAGCUUUGAAGAGCUUGAGAGGCAGAGGGUAGAAGAAGAGCGCAAGAAAGCAGAGGAGGAGUACAAGAGACGAAUGGAGGAGGAGAGAAGAGCUUUCGCUGAAGCCAGGAAGAGCAUGCUUGUAGAUGAGGAUGACGAGGUGCUGAUGGCCUUACUGAACCUGGAGGGCAGUAAGCCCGGGAAGAUAUGUGCCAGUUUUGAGGAUCUGGAGCGCCAGAGAAGAGAGGAGGAGCAGAAGAAGGCUGAGGAGGAGGCCAAGAGGAGACUGGAAGAGGAGAAGAGGCUCUUUGCUGAGGCCCGCAAGAGCAUGAGCCCUGGCCUGGAUCAGGAAAUGUCUGCAUAUGGAGAUGAAACAGUAGUAGAUGAGGAUGAAGGGAUGGUGAAGAGUGACUCUCAGGAAGCACUGCACCCUAAAAAACUGGAGAUGAACUUCGAGGAGCUGCUGAAAGAGAAGGAGGAAGCUGAGAGGAGACGCAAAGCAGAGGAACGCAAAAAGAAGCUGGAGCAGGAGAAGCAGGAAUUUGAACAACUCAGACAAGAGAUGGGCGAGGAUGAGGUGAAUGAAAGCUCAGAUGUUGUAAGCACAGAGUAUGAAGAACUUACCAAACUCAAGAGAACCGGCUCCAUCCAGGCCAAGAACCUCAAGUCCAAAUUUGAGAAGAUCAAUCAGCUGACUGAAGAGGAAAUCCAGAAAAAGAUUGAGAUGGAGAGAGCACGGAGGAAGGCCAUUGAUGAUGAAAUCAAAGAGAGAGAAGCUGAGAGGUUCCAGGAGGAAGAUGAGGAAAGAGAAACAACUUCAGCGAGGGCCGAGGAGUCACCAUUCAAACAGAAGGUGGAUAUGAAAGCCCGAUUUCAACAAAUGGCCAAAGCCAGAGAGGAGGAGGAGCGGAGGAGGAUAGAGGAGCAGAAGCUGCAGAGGAUGCAGUUUGAGCAGCAAGAGAUCGACGCUGCCCUCCAAAAAAAGAGGGAGGAUGAUGUGGAGGACGAGGGUAGCAUCAUCAACGGCUCCGCAGCCUACGAAGACGAGGACGAUCAUGCCAGAUCGGGGGCUCCGUGGUUUAAAAAGCCGCUUAAAAAUCAAUCAGUGGUGGACUCGGAGCCGGUUCGAUUCACCGUCAAGAUCACCGGGGAACCCAAGCCGGAGGUGACCUGGUGGUUUGAGGGAGAGAUGCUUCAAGACUGUGAGGACUAUCAGUAUAUAGACAGAGGAGAGACGUACUGCCUCUACCUGCCAGAGACCUUCCCAGAGGACGAGGGAGAGUACAUGUGCAAGGCUGUGAACAGCAGGGGCACAGCAGCAAGUACCUGCAUCCUCACAAUAGAAACUUAUGACUACUGAUGCCCUUCCAAGUUCUGGAAACUUUCCCUGUUGUCUCUCACUCCUUUUUGUAAAACUUUGUCCCUCAUGGUACGGUUACACAGCAGAGGGAAGAAAAUAGCAGUAUGCUUGGCAUUCCUAUGGGAGGGAUACACAACACAAAAAAAAUGCAACAUGUUGUUUACGUUUGUAAAGAUGCACUCCCUGUAGAGUAGGAUGAUACCUGUGCCAAAAAAGAGACACGAUUCUUGUCCCCACGCCAAGGGUAUUAUGAUAUGUAUCCUGCGAUAUUGAUACCAGCAAUUUUUAAGUAUCAUAGUACUGUAUUGUAAAUAUCACACUAGUCCUUACAUGGCAGGCAUUAUGUUUGAGGCACUGAAAUGCAAAAAGUAAAAUGUUCUUGUGUACUAAUUUUAAAGAACAAGUUACAGGAAUAUCAGUGCUUCAUAUCAGUGCUUUCUACUGCUCAACAACUUCAUCAGUCGUCUGUACCAUAUUAGUAAAUGGUAUUGUGAUACUUGCCGGGUAUUAUAUCGAGGGGUAACAUCACUCAAUUGGAAAUCCACAGCUAAGUGUCUGCUGAUCAUGAUAUUGCAGGAACAAAACAACCCUUAGUUUUCAAUAAAGCUUUUUAAAUCCAGAUUAAAUUUUCAAACUGCAGCAUCUCAAAAAGCUUAAUAUGUUGAUUUUUAAUGUACCACCCCCCUUUCUUUUCGAGUUAAAUGUAAUACUCUUGAUACAGUUGUCAUAAUUCAGUUGUGCUGGACAGUAGAUAACCGUCUCAUGGUUUGAUAAUGAAAAAUAAAUAUAGGCUAGACUGAAUAUUUGUCGUAUAUUAUAAAUGAAAAUGUUUUAAUAAAAUGAAGAAAAAUGA